UCGAUGCGACUCCCCGUGGUUGGCUGCCCCUCAAUUCCUCGCAUCGCCGCCCGCUAACCCUAGCGAUAGCAGCGCUCCCGACCCGCCCGAUCUCUCGCCGGAGCUCUAGAUCUGCGGGUCGUCGGCCCUCGUCGCCGGUGGUGGUGAGGCCUCCGGAUCGGUGCGGAGAUGACGGAGGCGUGGGUGCGGAACAAGCCGGGGAUGGCGAGCGUCAAGGACAUGCCGGUGCUGCAGGACGGGCCGCCGCCGGGCGGCUUCGCGCCCGUGCGCUACGCGCGCCGGAUCCCCACCAAGGGACCCAGCGCCGUCGCCAUCUUCCUCACCGCCUUCGGCGCCUUCGCCUGGGGCAUGUACCAGGUCGGCCAGGGGAACAAGGUCCGCCGCGCACUCAAAGAAGAGAAAAUUGCUGCUCGCACCGCUUUAGUGCCAAUUCUCCAAGCUGAAGAAGACGACAGAUUUGUAAGAGAGUGGAAGAAGUCUCUUGAGAGAGAGGCAAUAGUUAUGAAAGAUGUCCCCGGAUGGAAGGUAGGCCAAAGUGUGUAUAAUUCUGGGAAAUGGAUGCCUCCUGCCACCGGCGAGCUUCGUCGUGAGGAUUGAUAAGAGCCAAGAGGUUGCCGCAGUCUAUCAAAAGAUAUCAUCAUGUCUUCUGGGCAUGAAUAAGGCUUUUGAACCAUGACACUCCAAAAAUUUGCUACGAGCAACUCACUUUUAAAGCACUCGCUGUGCAUUUCUCGUGUUGAUGAAAUCUAGUUGGCUAAUAAUUGGGCAUAUCAAACAGACAUUUGUUUCUACAUGAACUAUGUGCUCUUGUGUGGAUGGAACUACAUUUGUCGUUUCAUCUGUUUUACCUUGAUAUUUCUACCUCAGUGUAAAACAUUUCGACUGUAUUCAUGUUUUUUUACAGUAGUAACAUACCCAUCCAUUGCAACGGGUCAGGAUGGGCUUCACGA